CUUCCUUUCUUUUUUUUUUUUUUUUUUUUUUGAGACAGGCUUCUCUGUGUAGCCCCGGCUGUCCUGGAACUAGUUCUGUAGACUCACCACCCACCACCACUAUCCAGCUGAUUGAUAUGUGUGUGGUGUGUGUGUGUGUGUGUGUGUGUGUGUGUGUGUGUGUGUGUGUGUAUACAUAUCUAUAUCUAUAUACAUACCCAUCUAUAGACAUGUAAGUUGAUUCUUACUCUUUUGUGCAUGAUAUGUAUUAUCCCUAAAAGCUUUAUGUAAGAUCCUUUGAGAGCGCAUUUUAAUGUUUAUUCACUUAUUUAUAUAAGAAUUUCUUGUUGCUGAAGCUGGCCUAAAAUGUCAAAAAUGCCCGAGAACUCCUGAUUUGAGGGCUCUACCUCAUCAGUGCUGUUCUUCACAGGUGUACUGUAUAACCUUUGUUCUACAUUUGUUAAGUUGAAAUUUCUCAACGUCGUUUAGAUGCUCUUUUUUGUUAUGAGAUAAGGUUUUACAUUGUGCUGACACUAACUGUGUACCUCUGGUGCAGCUCCUCUCUCUCAGCCCUUUGAGUAUUAGGAUUAUGCUGCAUUCUGUGAUAUCUAGCCUCGUACUUUGCUUUGUUUUGUUUUUGAGAUAGUCUCAAAACUUUAAAAAAAAAAUAGGUUUUUUUCCUUCCUUCCUUCCUUCCUUCCUUCCUUCCUUCCUUCCUUCCUUCCUUCUUUCUUUCUUUCUUUCUUUCUUUCUUUCUUUCUUUCUUUCUUUCUUUCUUUCUUGGUGUUGAAAUGGUCUGUUAUUCAAACAAGGUAAAUAUAUGUUUGAUCUGCUGUCUCCCUCCCUCCCUCGCUCCCUCCCUCCCUUCCUUUUUUUUUUUUUUUUUUUGUCUUUUGAGGCAGUCUCACUAUGUUGGACUGACGGACUUGGAACUCCCUGUGCAGACCAGGCUUGGUUUAAAUUCAAAGAACUCUGUCUGCCUCUGCCUGGAGUGCUGAGUGCAGCCCACCAUGCCUAGCAUUUUCAUCUGCUACUUGAAUCAUAUAGUUCUUUUCAGCACCUACACUUCAGUUAUCCACCACUUGGAAUGUUAGGCCAUAAAAAUGACAACAGCAGGCUUACGCGUUCUGAAUGUUUAGGAAAUGGGCUGAGGGCGGAACUCAGUGGUACAGUGCUUUUCUUGGAUGGGGCAGCCCUAGGUUCUAUGUUCUGUACCAUAAAAAAAAAAACAAGCAAAAAUUGAAUACCUACCAUAUUGGCUUUUUUUUUUUUUAAACAGCACAUAGGAGAUAAGGGGCAGUAUCAUAAAAGUUAUAAAUAAAAUAUAUCCUGUUAAAAUAUUCAAAGAGCUUAGAGAAAAAUCUAAAAAAUAAUGUCUAUACCCCUUCUGUUUGUAUUCACACACGAAUACUAAUACUCAUUCUACUCUAACUUGGUAAUGUAGCAUCUAUUAACUUUUUACUUCCUUUUGCAUUUCACAGUUUUUGAGCAUCUUUCCAUUUUCAGGUCAUAUAUGUCUAUUUUAGUUACUGUUCCAUCGCUGUGAUAAAAUUCCCAGACUAAAUCAGUUUAAUAGAGAAAGUAUUUAUUUUAGUGUAUAAUAUUGUCCAUCUUGCUGGGGGAAAUCAAGGCAAGAGACUGAAGCAUCUUGUCAUACUGUAUCCACAGUCAGGAAACAGAGGUGGAUAAAUGCAUGCCUGCUGCUCAGUUUGCUCUCUAUACUUUAGAGAGUCCGGGAUCCCUUGUCUAGGGAAUGGUAUCACCCACAGUGGGCAAGUGUUCCCACUUCAGUUAGCACAAUCACUGGUAUAACCCCUCAUGGUAUUCCUAGAAGCCCAUUUCUUAGGUGAUUCUAGAGCCUGUCAAGUUGAUGACAACACUAACCAUCAAAACAUCUCUCAUGUCUCUCAGAAUGUAUCCAGGGCGGACUGUGGAGAAAUGACUCAUUGCCAUCCCAAAGGACCCAGGCCUCGAAGUAGAGGAAAAUCUACAGUGGAAGAUGAGGACAGCACGGAUGGACUGGAGACGACGGAGACAGAAAAUAUUGUGGAGACAGCAGAAGUCAAAGAACAAUCUGUGGAGGAGGACGCUGAGACAGAAGUGGAGAGCAGCAAGCAGCCAGCCUCAGCUCUUCAGCGGUCUGUGUCUGAGGACUCUGCACACUCCCUGGUCUCUGUCGGUGUAGAAGCCAAAAUCAGUGAACAGCUCUGCGCCUUUUGUUACUGUGGGGAGAAAAGUUCCUUAGGACAAGGAGACUUGAAACAAUUCAGAGUAACACCUGGACUUACUUUACCUUGGAAAGAUCAACCUUCUAACAAGGACGUCGGUGACAGCGGCAUUGCAACCUGUGAGAAAAUACAGAACUACGCUCCACGAAAACAGCGAGGACAGAGAAAAGAGCGAUCUCUCCAGCAGAGUAUUGUUUCUUGUGUAAGUGUAAGCACGCAGACAGCUUGUGAGGACCAGCCUGGCAAGUUAUGGGAUGAACUCAGUCUGGUUGGCCUUCCAGAUGCCAUUGAUGUCCAAGCCUUAUUUGAUUCCACAGGCACUUGCUGGGCUCAUCAUCGAUGUGUAGAGUGGUCACUGGGAAUAUGCCAAAUGGAAGAGCCAUUAUUAGUGAACGUGGACAAAGCUGUUGUCUCAGGGAGCACAGAACGUUGUGCAUUUUGCAAACACCUUGGAGCCACUAUCAAAUGCUGUGAAGAGAAGUGUACCCAGAUGUACCAUUACCCGUGUGCUGCAGGGGCCGGCACCUUUCAGGACUUCAGUCACUUCUUCCUUCUGUGUCCAGAGCACAUCGACCAAGCUCCUGAGAGAUCAAAGGAAGAUGCAAACUGUGCAGUGUGUGACAGCCCGGGAGAUCUCUUAGAUCAGUUCUUUUGUACCACCUGUGGUCAGCACUACCAUGGGAUGUGCCUGGACAUAGCUGUUACUCCAUUAAGGCGUGCUGGUUGGCAAUGUCCUGAGUGCAAAGUGUGCCAGAACUGCAGACAAUCGGGAGAAGAUAGCAAGAUGCUGGUGUGUGAUACUUGUGACAAAGGGUAUCAUACUUUUUGUCUCCAACCUGUUAUGAAAUCAGUGCCAACCAAUGGCUGGAAAUGCAAAAAUUGCAGAAUCUGUAUAGAAUGUGGCACACGAUCUAGUGCUCAGUGGCACCACAACUGUCUGAUAUGCGACACUUGUAAUCAGCAGCAAGAUAAUUUAUGUCCUUUUUGUGGGAAGUGCUACCAUCCAGAAUUGCAGAAAGACAUGCUCCACUGUAAUAUGUGUAAGAGAUGGGUUCACUUAGAAUGUGACAAACCAACUGAUCAGGAAUUGGAUUCUCAGCUCAAAGAAGAAUACAUCUGCAUGUACUGUAAACACUUAGGAGCUGAGAUAGAUCCCUUACAUCCAGGGAAUGAAGUGGAGAUGCCUGAACUUCUACCCACAGAUGAUUCCAGUGGAAUGGAAAUUGAAGGCACUGAAGAUGAAGUGGUGUUUCUGGAGCAGACAGUUAAUGAAGAUGUCAGUGGUCACCAGUCCCCUCCUGGAAUUGUUCCAGAUGCAGUUCAAGUUUACACUGAAGAGCCCCAGAAAAGUGAUCCACUAGAAAGCCCUGACACAGUUGGUCUCAUUACUUCUGAAUCAUCUGAGAAUAAAACCAAUCCUGAUUUGGCAAAUGAGAUUUCUCAUGAAGUUGAUACUGAAAAAACGGAAAUGUUUUAUAAAGAGGGGCUUGUUUGUGAGGAAGAUCAAAGUGAGGACAGAAUGGAAGUGACAGAAAACAUUGAAGUCCUUCCACACCAAACCAUUGUGCCGCAAGAGGAACUGCUGCCCUCCGAGGGCUCUGAGGUGGCACCUGAGGAGCCAAGCCCUUCAGAGUCAGCUGUGGAGCUUGCUGCACCAGAAGCCUUAGUGUCCCCACACAGUGAAAGUUCCUUAUCUCAUAAGGGACCGUUGGUGAUAGAAAGAGUACAAGAAGAAAUGGAACAGAAGGAAAAUUCUGAAUUCCCCACUGGGUGUGAGGAUUUUGAAAUGACUCUUGCUGUUGACGGUUGUGUCAAAGGUAGUUCAUGCCAAGGAGACAAAUCAGCUGAGUUACCAGCUGAGGAAGAGUCACCAUUCUCAUCAGGAACUGACCUGAACAAGGCGGACGUGUCUUCCUCCUCCACACUUCGUCCAGACUUGCCUUCAUGCGACAUGCUGCACGGUUACCCUUCAGCUUUCAACUCUGCUGCUGGAAGCGUCAUGCCAACAACAUACAUCUCUGUCACUCCAAAAAUUGGCAUGGGUAAACCAGCUAUUACCAAAAGAAAAUUUUCUCCCGGUAGACCCCGGUCCAAACAGGGGGCUUGGAGUAACCAUAAUACAGUGAGCCCACCCUCCUGGUCCCCAGACAUUGCAGAAGGCCGGGAAAUUUUUAAACCCAGGCAGCUUUCUGGCAGUGCCAUUUGGAGCAUCAAAGUGGGCCGAGGGUCUGGAUUUCCGGGGAAGCGGAGGCCUCGUGGUGCUGGGCUGUCAGGGCGAGGCGGCAGAGGCAGAUCUAAACUAAAAAGUGGACUCGGAGCUGUUGUGUUACCUGGGGUGUCUGCUGCAGAUAUUUCAUCAAAUAAAGAUGAAGAAGAAAACUCUAUGCACAAUACAGUUGUUUUAUUUUCUAGUAGUGACAAGUUCACUUUGCAUCAGGAUAUGUGUGUAGUUUGUGGCAGUUUCGGCCAAGGAGAAGAAGGAAGAUUACUUGCCUGUUCACAGUGUGGUCAGUGUUACCAUCCAUAUUGUGUCAGUAUUAAGAUCACUAAAGUGGUUCUUAGCAAAGGUUGGAGAUGUCUUGAGUGCACUGUGUGUGAGGCCUGUGGGAAGGCAACUGACCCUGGAAGACUCUUGCUGUGUGAUGACUGUGACAUAAGCUAUCAUACCUACUGCCUAGACCCUCCAUUGCAGACAGUUCCCAAAGGAGGCUGGAAAUGCAAAUGGUGUGUUUGGUGCAGACACUGUGGAGCAACAUCUGCAGGCUUGAGAUGUGAAUGGCAAAACAAUUACACACAGUGUGCUCCGUGUGCCAGCCUGUCCUCCUGCCCAGUCUGCUGUCGGAACUACAGAGAAGAGGACCUCAUUCUUCAGUGUAGACAGUGUGAUAGGUGGAUGCAUGCAGUUUGUCAAAACUUAAAUACUGAGGAGGAAGUGGAAAAUGUAGCAGACAUUGGUUUUGACUGUAGCAUGUGCAGACCCUAUAUGCCUGUGUCAAAUGUGCCUUCCUCAGACUGCUGCGACUCUUCUCUUGUGGCACAGAUCGUCACAAAAGUAAAAGAGCUAGACCCACCUAAGACCUACACCCAGGACGGUGUGUGUCUGACCGAGUCAGGGAUGAGUCAGCUACAGAGCCUCACAGUCACAGCUCCCAGGAGAAAACGCACAAAACCAAAACUGAAAUUGAAGAUUAUAAAUCAGAAUAGUGUGGCUGUUCUUCAGACCCCUCCAGAUAUCCAGUCAGAACACUCAAGAGACGGAGAAAUGGACGAUAGUCGAGAAGGAGAACUUAUGGAUUGUGAUGGGAAAUCUGAAUCUAGUCCUGAGCGGGAAGCUGGAGAUGAUGAAACUAAGGGAAUAGAAGGAACAGAUGGCGUAAAGAAGAGGAAAAGAAAACCAUAUAGACCUGGUAUUGGUGGAUUUAUGGUACGGCAAAGAAGUCGGACAGGACAAGGAAAAGCCAAAAGAUCUGUGGUCAGAAAAGAUUCUUCAGGCUCUAUUUCUGAGCAGUUAUCUAACAGAGACGAUGGCUGGAGGGAGCAGUUCCCAGAUACUCUGGUGGAUGAGCCUGUCUCCGUUGCUGACAGCACUGAGAAAAUAAAGAAGAGAUACCGAAAAAGGAAAAAUAAGCUUGAAGAAACUUUUCCUGCUUAUUUACAAGAAGCAUUUUUUGGAAAAGAUCUUCUAGAUACCAGCAGACAAAACAAGCUGAGUGUAGAUAAUCUGUCCGAAGACGCAGCUCAGCUUUCAUAUAAAACAGGUUUCAUGGAUCCUUCCUCAGAUCCGCUGCUGUGUUCAUCAUCUGCUUCAGCAAAACCUGGGACUCAGGGUACUGCUGAUGACCCAUUAGCUGAUAUUUCUGAAGUCUUAAACACAGAUGAUGACAUUCUUGGAAUAAUCUCAGAUGAUCUUGCAAAAUCAGUUGAUCAUUCAGGUCUUGAUUUAUGCACUUUCCAGGUUGGGAGCUCCCCCUUCCCUUUGGAUAUUGGCCCCAUUGCUGAUGAUGCUUCCUCUUUGCCUCAGCCAAGUGUCAGUCAGAGUUCACGACCAUUAAGUGAAGAACAGCUAGAUGCCAUCCUCAGUCCUGAACUAGACAAAAUGGUCACAGAUGGAGCAAUACUUGGAAAGUUAUAUAAAAUUCCAGAGCUUGGAGGAAAGGAUGUUGAAGACUUGUUCACUGCUGUACUUAGUCCUGCCCCCACCCAGCCGGCUCCAUUGCCACAGCCCCCUCCACCACAGCCACUGCCAGUGCACACUCAGGAUGUUUUUUCCCGGAUGCCACUCAUGAAUGGCCUUAUUGGACCCAGUCCUCAUCUCCCACAUCAUUCUUUGCCUGCUGGAAGUGCACUGGGGACUUUCCCUGCUAUAGCACAAUCCCCUUAUACUGAUGUCAGGGAUAAAAGUCUAGCAUUUAAUGUAAUGGCAAGUGAUGCUAACAGCUCCUGGGUGCCGACAGCUCCAAGUAUGGAGGGGGAAAACGACAGCCUGUCAAAUGCCCAGAGGAGCACACUGAAGUGGGAGAAGGAGGAGGCUCUUGGUGAGGUGGCAACAGUGGCACCAGUCCUCUACACAAAUAUUAAUUUCCCCAACUUAAAGGAAGAAUUCCCAGAUUGGACUACUCGAGUGAAACAAAUUGCCAAGUUGUGGAGAAAAGCCAGCUCUCAGGAAAGAGCGCCAUAUGUGCAAAAAGCCAGAGAUAACAGAGCUGCUUUACGCAUCAAUAAAGUUCAGAUGUCAAAUGAUUCUAUGAAGAGGCAACAACAGCAAGACAGCAUCGAUCCCACCUCACGCAUCGAUUCGGAUCUUUUUAAAGAUCCUUUAAAGCAGAGGGAAUCAGAGCAUGAACAGGAAUGGAAGUUUAGACAGCAAAUGCGUCAGAAAAGUAAGCAGCAAGCUAAAAUUGAAGCCACACAGAAGCUGGAACAAGUGAAGAAUGAACAGCAGCAGCAGCAGCAGCAACAGCAACAACAACAACAACAACAACAACAACAACAACAACAACAGCAACAACAACAACUUGCUUCUCAGCACCUUCUAGUAGCACCUGGUUCAGAUCCUCCCAGUAGUGGAGCACAGAGUCCCUUGACACCUCAGACUGGCAAUGGGAGUGUGUCUCCUGCACAGACAUUCCAUAAAGACCUGUUCUCCAAACACCUCCCCAGUACUCCUGCUUCCAUACCUUCAGAUGAUGUGUUUGUCAAACCACAACCUCCACCCCCUCCUUCAACCCCAUCCCGUAUACCUAAUCAGGAAAGUCUGUCUCAGUCCCAGAAUUCUCAGCCACCUUCUCCACAGAUGUUCUCACCUGGAUCAUCCCACUCCAGACCACCCUCUCCAGUGGAUCCUUAUGCAAAAAUGGUUGGUACUCCUAGACCGCCUCCUGUUGGCCAUAGUUUUCCAAGAAGAAAUUCUGUUACACCAGUGGAAAACUGUGUGCCUUUAUCUUCAGUACCUAGGCCCAUUCAUAUGAAUGAAACAUCAGCCACAAGGCCAUCCCCAGCCAGAGACUUAUGUGCUUCCUCCAUGACAAACAGUGACCCCUAUGCAAAGCCUCCAGAUACACCUAGGCCAAUGAUGACAGAUCAGUUUCCCAAACCUUUUAGCCUUCCUAGGUCCCCUGUGAUUUCAGAACAAAGUACAAAAGGUCCUCUUGCAGCUGGAGCCAGUGAUCACUUUACCAAGCCUUCUCCUAGAACAGACGCCUUUCAGAGGCAACGGCUGCCUGACCCAUAUGCAGGGCCAUCGUUGACACCCGCCCCACUGGGUAAUGGGCCGUUUAAGACCCCUCUGCACCCUCCUCCAUCUCAGGAUCCAUAUGGAUCUUUGUCACAGGCAUCAAGACGACUCUCUGUUGACCCUUAUGAAAGGCCUGCCUUGACACCAAGGCCAGUAGAUAAUUUUUCUCAUAAUCAGUCAAAUGAUCCAUAUAGCCAGCCUCCCCUAACUCCACACCCAGCUAUGGGUGAAUCUUAUACUCACUCUUCAAGGGCUUUUUCUCAGCCUGGAACCAUAUCAAGGUCAGCAUCUCAGGACCCAUAUUCACAACCCCCAGGAACUCCACGUCCUGUUAUAGAAUCUUACUCCCAAACCUCAGGAACAGCUCGAUCCAAUCAAGAUCCUUAUUCCCAACCUCCUGGUACUCCCCGGCCUAACACUAUUGACCCAUAUAGUCAGCAACCACCUACCCCUAGGCCUUCUCCACAGACAGAUAUGUUUGUUACGUCUGUGGCAAGUCAGAGACACACUGAUCCAUAUACUCAUCAUCUUGGGCCGCCGAGAUCUGGAAUUUCUGUUCCCUAUUCUCAGCCACCAGCAGCACCAAGGCCAAGGACUUCAGAGGGUUUUACUCGGUCCUCUAGUGCAAGACCAGCCCUCAUGCCAAACCAGGAUCCUUUUUUGCAAGCAGCACAAAACCGAGUACCAGGUUUACCUGGCCCUUUAAUAAGGCCACCUGAUACAUGUUCCCAGACUCCCAGACCAGCUGGGCCUGGCCUUACAGACACAUUCAGUCAUGCUUCCCCAUCUGGUGUUCGUGAUCCCUACGAUCAGCCUCCAAUGACUCCCAGGCCACAUUCUGAGUCUUUCGGGGCUAGUCAAGUUGUCCACGAUCUUGUUGACCGUCCAGUUCCUGGAUCAGAGGGAAACUUUAGCACAUCUUCAAACCUUCCUGUAAGCUCCCAAGGACAGCAAUUUUCCAGUGUCUCCCAGCUUCCUGGACCCGUGCCAACCUCAGGAGGAACUGACACACCGAACACCGUGAACAUGUCUCAAGCUGACACCGAGAAAUUGAGACAGCGGCAGAAGCUGCGUGAAAUCAUUCUCCAGCAACAGCAGCAGAAGAAGAUUGCUAGUCGCCAGGAGAAGGGGCCUCAGGACACAGCCGUAGUACCUCACCCUCUGCCCCUUCCACACUGGCAGCCAGAGAGCAUCAACCAGGCUUUCACCCGACCUCCACCUCCCUAUCCUGGGAACACUCGAUCACCUGUUAUCCCCCCACUAGGACCUAGAUAUGCAGUUUUCCCCAAAGAUCAGCGUGGACCCUAUCCUCCUGAGGUUGCUGGUGUGGGGAUGAGACCUCAUGGAUUUAGAGUUGGAUUUCCAGGAGCUAGCCAUGGUCCCAUGCCAAGCCAAGAUCGUUUCCAUGUGCCUCAGCAAAUACAAGGAUCUGGAAUUCCUCCAAACAUAAGAAGACCAAUGUCUAUGGAAAUGCCUAGACCUUCAAAUAACCCACCAAUAAAUAAUCCAGUUGGGCUUCCUCAGCAUUUCCCACCACAGGGUCUGCCAGUUCAGCAGCAUAAUAUACUAGGCCAAGCUUUUAUUGAGCUGAGGCACAGAGCUCCGGAUGGAAGGUCACGGUUGCCAUUUGCUGCUUCUCCUGGCAGUGCUAUGGAGUCACCUUCUCAUCCCAGACAUGGAAAUUUCCUUCCCAGACCUGAUUUUCCUGGUCCUAGACACACAGACCCCAUAAGACAACCUCCCCAGUGUCUACCUAAUCAGCUACCUGUGCAUGCAAAUUUAGAGCAGGUCCCACCUUCUCAGCCAGAGCAAGGUCAUCCUGCCCACCAAUCUUCUAUUGUCAUGAGGCCCCUAACUCAUCCUUUAAGUGGUGAAUUUUCUGAGGCUCCUUUGUCAACAUCUACCCCAACUGAAACACCCCCAGAUAACUUAGAGAUAGCUGGUCAGUCUUCUGAUGGUCUGGAGGAAAAACUAGACUCUGAUGAUCCUUCUGUGAAAGAACUGGAUGUCAAAGAUCUUGAGGGAGUCGAAGUCAAAGAUUUGGAUGAUGAAGAUCUAGAAAAUUUAAAUUUAGACACAGAGGAUGGCAAGGGUGAUGACCUGGACACUUUAGAUAAUUUGGAAACCAAUGACCCUAACCUGGAUGACCUCUUAAGGUCAGAUGAAUUUGAUAUCAUAGCGUACACAGAUCCAGAACUUGACUUAGGGGAUAAAAAAAGCAUGUUCAAUGAGGAAUUAGACCUUAAUGUUCCAAUUGAUGAUAAGCUAGAUAAUCAGUGUGUAUCUGUUGAACCCAAAAUAAGGGAUCAAGGAGACAAAACUAUGGUUCUUGAAGAUAAGGAUUUGCCACAGAAAAAGUCCAGUGGUAUCAGUGAGAUAAAGACAGAAGCCCUGUCUCCCCACUCUAAAGAAGAACCAGAGAGUGACAUUAAAAACUGCGAUGACAGUAGAGGAGAUGCCGAGAUAGCGUGCUCACAGGCUUCUGGUCAGACCAGUCACAGUGAUCGAGGAAAGCCUUCUCUGCUGACUACUGAUCAAGAGAUGCUUGAGAAAAGAAAUAACCGGGAAAAUGCAGCUCCUGGUGUCUGUGCCAUUCAAGAGUCCACUCCUCUGCCUGCUCAAGACGUGAUGAACUCUUGUGACAUAACAGGAUCGACUCCAGUUCUCUCGAGUUUACUCUCGAAUGAAAAGUGUGAUAGCUCUGACAUUAGGCCUUCAGUGUCUUCCCCACCAACUCUCCCCAUCUCACCAUCCACUCAUGGGUCAAGUUUGCCUCCUACUUUAAUACCACCUGGCCCUCUCUUGGAUAAUACCAUGAAUUCUAAUGUAACAGUGGUCCCUAGGGUAAACCAUGCAUUUUCUCAGGGUGUGCCAGUAAAUCCAGGAUUCCUUCAGGGUCAGUCAUCAGUGAACCAUUUAGGGACAGGGAAACCUACGAAUCAAACUGUGCCUCUCACAAAUCAGUCCAGCACCAGUGGCAUGCCUGGACCACAGCAGCUAAUGAUGCCUCAAACAUUAGCCCAGCAGAGCAGAGAGAGGCCCCUCCUUCUAGAGGAACAGCCUCUGCUUCUACAAGAUCUUUUGGAUCAAGAGAGGCAGGAGCAGCAGCAGCAAAGACAAAUGCAAGCUAUGAUUCGUCAGCGGUCAGAACCAUUCUUCCCUAACAUUGAUUUCGAUGCAAUAACAGAUCCUAUAAUGAAAGCGAAAAUGGUAGCCCUUAAAGGCAUAAAUAAAGUGAUGGCACAGAACAGCCUGGGCAUGCCACCAAUGGUGAUGAGCAGAUUCCCCUUCAUGGGUCCAUCCAUGGCUGGAGUGCAAACCAGUGAAGGCCAGACCCUAAUGCCACAAGCUGUAGCCCAGGAUGGCAGUAUAACACAUCAGAUUUCUAGGCCUAAUCCUCCAAAUUUUGGUCCAGGCUUUGUCAAUGACUCUCAGCGGAAGCAGUAUGAAGAGUGGCUCCAGGAGACUCAGCAGCUGCUUCAGAUGCAGCAGAAGUAUCUUGAGGAACAAAUUGGUGCGCACAGAAAAUCUAAGAAGGCCCUGUCAGCCAAACAGCGCACGGCCAAGAAGGCAGGGCGAGAGUUCCCAGAAGAGGACGCAGAGCAGCUCAAGCAUGUUACUGAGCAGCAGAGCAUGGUUCAGAAACAACUUGAGCAGAUUCGUAAACAACAGAAAGAGCAUGCUGAGCUGAUUGAAGAUUACCGGAUCAAGCAGCAGCAGCAGCAGCAGCAGCAGCAGCAGCAGCAGCAGCAGCAGCAGCAGCAGCAGCAGCAGUGCGCCCUAGCCCCUCCCAUCCUCAUGCCAGGGGUUCAGCCCCAGCCACCUCUAGUUCCAGGUGCCAGCCCACUCACCAUGAGCCAACCCAACUUCCCCAUGGUGUCACAGCAGCUUCAGCACCAGCAGCACACAGCAGUCAUCUCUGGGCACACCAGCCCUGCUAGAAUGCCCGGCUUACCUGGAUGGCAAUCUAGCAGUGCUCCCGCUCACCUCCCCCUUAACCCUUCUAGGAUUCAGCCCCCAACUGCCCAACUAUCUUUAAAAACUUGUACACCAGCCCCAGGGGCAGUGUCAAGUGCAAAUCCACAGAAUGGACCACCACCUCGAGUAGAAUUUGAUGACAACAACCCUUUCAGUGAAAGUUUUCAAGAGCGAGAGAGGAAGGAACGCUUACGAGAACAGCAGGAAAGACAGCGAGUGCAGCUGAUGCAAGAAGUAGACAGACAGAGAGCUCUACAGCAGCGGAUGGAGAUGGAGCAGCAUGGGCUUAUGGGUGCUGAGCUAGCCAACAGGACACCUGUUUCCCAGAUGCCAUUCUAUGCUUCUGACAGACCUUGUGACUUUUUGCAACCCCCACGACCCCUUCAGCAGUCUCCACAACACCAGCAGCAGAUAGGGCCAGUUUUACCACAGCAGACUGUCCAACAAGGGUCUGUUAAUUCACCCCCAAACCAAACUUUCAUGCAAACCAAUGAGCGAAGGCAGGUAGGACCUACCCCCUUUGUUCCAGAUUCACCAUCUGCUUCUGGUGGGAGCCCAAACUUCCAUUCUGUUAAGCAAGGACAUGGAAAUCUUUCUGGAUCCAGCUUUCAGCAGUCUCCACUGAGGCCUCCAUUCACACCAAUUUUACCAGGAAAGCCUCCGGUAGCCAAUAGCAGUGUCCCAUGUGGCCAAGACCCUGCUGUAACAGCACAGGGACAAAAUUUUUCAGGAUCCAGCCAGUCUCUCAUUCAGUUGUAUUCUGACAUAAUCCCAGAAGAAAAGGGGAAAAAGAAGAGAACAAGAAAAAAGAAAAAAGAUGAUGAUGCAGAAUCCAGCAAAGCCCCAUCAACUCCCCACUCCGACUGCACAGCCCCACCAACCCCAGGCCUCUCAGAAACUACCUCUGCUCCUGCAGUGAGCACACCCAGUGAGCUCCCUCAGCAAAGACAACAGGAGGCAGUGGAGCCCGUCCGUGUCCCCACUCCAAAUGUGGCAACAGGCCAGCCUUGUAUCGAGUCAGAAAACAAACUUCCCAGCAGUGAAUUCAUAAAAGAAACUUCAAGUCAACAGACACCUGUGAGCUCAGAGGCAGACAAACCUUCCGGGGAGGCCUCCAACAAAAGUGAAGAGAGAAAGCUGGAGACGGCUGAGAUACAGCCAUGCCCAAGUCAGGAGGACACCAAAGUGGAAGAGAAAACUGGUAGUAAGAUCAAAGACACUGCAGCUGGUCCUGUCUCCUCCAUACAGUGUCCUUCCAAUCCUGCCAGAACCCCUGUCACCAAAGGAGACACAGGAAACGAACUACUGAAGCACUUGUUAAAAAAUAAGAAGGCCUCUUCCCUUCUCACUCAGAAACCUGAGGGCACUUUAUCUUCAGAUGAAAGCUCUACACAGGAUGGUAAACUGGUGGAGAAGCAGAAUCCAGCAGAAGGAUUGCAAACUUUGGGGGCUCAAAUGCAAGGUGGUUUUGGAGGUGGCAACAGCCAGUUGCCAAAAACAGAUGGAGGAAGUGAAACCAAGAAACAGCGAAGCAAACGGACACAGAGGACGGGGGAAAAAGCAGCACCUCGCUCAAAGAAAAGGAAGAAGGAUGAAGAGGAAAAGCAGGCUGUGUGCUCCAGCUCUGACUCCUUCACCCACUUGAAACAGCAGCUCUCUCUGCUCCCUCUAAUGGAACCGAUCAUUGGAGUGAACUUUGCGCACUUUCUUCCUUAUGGCAGUGGCCAAUUUAAUAGUGGGACUCGACUUCUAGGAACUUUUGGCAGUGCCGCCCUUGAAGGGGUCUCAGACUACUAUUCUCAGUUGAUCUACAAGCAGAAUAAUUUAAGUAAUCCUCCAACACCCCCUGCCUCUCUUCCUCCUACACCACCUCCUAUGGCUUGCCAGAAGAUGGCAAAUGGUUUUGCAACGACUGAAGAACUUGCUGGAAAAGCUGGCGUGUUGGUGAGCCACGAAGUCACCAGAGCUUUAGGACCGAAGCCAUUUCAGCUGCCUUUCAGACCUCAGGAUGACUUGCUAGCUCGAGCCAUUGCUCAAGGCCCGAAGACAGUGGAUGUUCCUGCCUCUCUUCCAACACCACCUCACAAUAAUCAUGAAGAAUUAAGGAUUCAGGACCACUAUGGCGACCGGGACACUCCAGACAGUUUCGUCCCCUCGUCUUCUCCUGAGAGUGUAGUUGGUGUGGAGGUGAACAAGUACCCCGACCUGUCACUGGUGAAGGAGGAGCCUCCCGAGCCUGUGCCAUCCCCCAUCAUUCCCAUUCUCCCCAGCAUCUCUGGGAGAGAUUCAGAAUCAAGAAGAAAUGACAUCAAAACUGAACCAGGCACUUUAUUUUUUACAUCACCUUUUGGUUCAUCCCCAAAUGGUCCCAGAUCGGGUCUUAUAUCUGUGGCAAUCACCCUGCAUCCUACAGCUGCUGAGAACAUUAGCAGUGUUGUGGCUGCGUUUUCCGACCUUCUUCACGUGAGAAUUCCUAACAGCUAUGAGGUUAGUAGUGCUCCAGAUGUUCCAUCCAUGGGUUUGGUCAGUAGCCACAGAAUAAACCCAGGUUUGGAGUAUCGGCAGCAUUUGCUUCUUCGUGGGCCUCCACCAGGAUCUGCAAAUCCUCCCCGAUUAGCAACCUCUUACCGGCUGAAGCAGCCUAAUGUACCAUUUCCUCCAGCGAGCAAUGGACUUUCUGGAUGUAAAGAUUCUAGUCAUGGGAUAGCAGAAGGCACAUCACUCCGGCCACAGUGGUGCUGUCACUGUAAAGUGGUCAUUCUUGGAAGUGGUGUGCGGAAAUCAUUCAAGGAUCUGACCUUUGCGAACAAGGGUUCCCGAGAGAGCACCAGAAGGACGGAAAAGGACAUUGUCUUUUGUAGUAAUAACUGCUAUAUUCUUCAUUCAACAACCGCACAAGCAAAAAUUUCAGACAACAAGGAACCCCUUCCGUCACUGCCACAGUCCCCUAUGAAGGAGCCUUCCAAAGCAUUUCACCAGUAUAGCAACAACAUCUCCACCUUGGAUGUACACUGUCUCCCUCAGUUCCAGGAGAAAGUCUCCCCUCCUGCAUCACCUCCUAUAACCUUCCCUCCAGCCUUUGAAGCCGCCAAAGUAGAGUCCAAGCCUGACGAGCUCAAGGUGACAGUCAAAUUAAAGCCUCGGCUGAGGACGGUGCCUGUCGGGCUGGAGGAUUGUAGACCACUGAAUAAAAAGUGGAGAGGGAUGAAGUGGAAGAAAUGGAGCAUUCAUAUUGUCAUCCCCAAGGGGACCUUUAAACCGCCCUGUGAGGAUGAGAUAGAUGAAUUUCUAAAGAAAUUGGGCACUUCCCUUAAACCUGACCCUGUCCCCAAAGACUAUCGCAAGUGUUGCUUUUGUCACGAAGAAGGUGAUGGGCUAACAGAUGGGCCAGCAAGGCUGCUCAACCUGGACCUGGACCUCUGGGUCCACUUGAAUUGUGCUCUGUGGUCCACAGAGGUCUAUGAGACACAGGCUGGUGCCUUAAUAAAUGUGGAGCUAGCGCUGAGGAGAGGUCUACAAAUGAAAUGUGUCUUCUGUCAUAAGACAGGUGCCACCAGUGGAUGUCACAGAUUUCGAUGUACCAAUAUUUAUCAUUUUACUUGCGCCACUAAAGCACAAUGCAUGUUUUUUAAAGACAAAACAAUGCUUUGCCCCAUGCACAAACCAAAGGGAAUCCAUGAGCAAGAAUUGAGUUACUUUGCAGUCUUCAGGAGGGUCUAUGUGCAACGAGAUGAGGUACGGCAAAUUGCUAGUAUUGUGCAACGGGGAGAGCGGGACCAUACCUUUCGUGUUGGGAGCCUCAUCUUCCAUGCCAUUGGUCAGCUGCUUCCACAACAGAUGCAAGCAUUCCACUCUUCGAAAGCGCUCUUCCCCGUGGGCUAUGAGGCCAGCCGGUUAUACUGGAGUACUCGCUACGCCAACCGUCGAUGCCGGUACCUGUGUUCCAUUGAGGAGAAAGACGGGCGGCCCGUGUUUGUCAUCAGGAUUGUAGAGCAAGGCCAUGAGGACCUGGUCUUAAGUGAUUCAUCACCUAAAGAUGUUUGGGAUAAAAUUUUGGAGCCUGUGGCAUGUGUAAGAAAAAAGUCGGAAAUGCUGCAGCUUUUCCCCGCGUAUUUGAAAGGAGAAGACCUGUUUGGCCUGACUGUCUCUGCGGUGGCACGGAUAGCUGAGUCACUACCUGGGGUUGAGGCAUGUGAAAACUACACCUUCCGGUAUGGCCGCAAUCCUCUCAUGGAACUUCCUCUUGCCGUUAACCCCACAGGCUGUGCCCGUGCGGAACCUAAAAUGAGCGCCCAUGUGAAGAGGUUUGUGUUAAGGCCUCACACCUUGAAUAGCACCAGCACUUCAAAGUCGUUUCAGAGCACAGUCACUGGAGAGCUGAACGCACCGUACAGUAAGCAGUUUGUCCACUCCAAGUCAUCACAGUACCGCAGAAUGAAGACUGAAUGGAAAUCUAAUGUGUAUCUGGCCCGGUCUCGGAUCCAGGGACUGGGCCUGUAUGCUGCUAGAGACAUUGAAAAACACACCAUGGUCAUCGAGUACAUUGGAACGAUUAUUCGAAAUGAAGUUGCAAACCGGAAAGAGAAGCUUUAUGAGUCUCAGAACCGAGGUGUGUACAUGUUCCGCAUGGACAAUGACCACGUGAUUGAUGCCACACUCACAGGAGGGCCUGCAAGGUACAUCAACCACUCCUGUGCCCCUAACUGUGUGGCUGAAGUUGUGACCUUUGAGAGAGGACACAAGAUUAUCAUCAGCUCCAACAGGAGGAUCCAGAAAGGAGAAGAGCUCUGCUAUGACUACAAGUUUGACUUUGAAGAUGACCAGCACAAGAUCCCAUGUCACUGUGGAGCGGUGAACUGCCGGAAGUGGAUGAACUGAAUGCAUUCCUUGCUAUCUCACCGGGUGGCUCGUCCCUAGGAAGAGGCGACUCAACACUUCAUUGGAUUUUGCAGACAGAAAGAUAUUUUUGUUUUCUGACUUUUUGAAAAACAGCUUCUGGAGCUCUGCUUCCCCAGCCCUUGUCUGAAGGAAGCGCAGAGGAGCCGGCGAGGCUGCCCCACUGUGCGCUGGGGUCAGCAGACUCACAGAAUGGUCCAGCACUUUUUUUUCUUUUUUCCCUUUCCCUUUUUCUUUCCUUCCUUUUGUUUCCUUGUGGGUGGGUUUUGUUUUGUUUUGUUUUGUUAGUCUCACUAAGGAGAAACUUAUACUGGGGCAAAGAGCCGGUGGCUGCCCUGCCCCAGGGUGGGGGCCUUCCUAUGAAUGUAAGACUGAAAUCACCAGCGAAGGGGGCUGUCCAGAGUGCUGGCCACGCCUUACUGACAGGGGCAGGCCCUCAGUUUAACUAAAAGUGGACACCACUGAUCAAGGAAUGUACUGAGAAGACUUCCUUAGGGAUAGAGCUAAGGGAUAAUAACUUGCACUAAAUACAUUUGAAUACUUGAUUCCAUGAGUCAGUUUAUUGUAGUUUUUGAUUUCUGUAAAAUAAGAGAAACUUUUUGUAUUUAUUAUUGAAUAAGUGAAUGAAGCUAUUUUUAAAUAAAAGUUAGAAGAAAGCCAAGCUGCUGCUGUUACCUGCAGAACUAACAAACCCUGUUACUUUGUACAAAUAUGUAAAUAUUUUGAGAAAAACAGUAUAAAAAUAGUUAUUGACCAAAUGCUACCAGGCGCUGCAGCAGCUCGGGUGCUUAUAACCGUGGUAGGGAUGUUACAAUAUAAUUUUGUGUUCUUAAAUAUGCCAUUAUAAUUAUGUAAUAACCAAAAUUGUGCCCCAGUACGCCUGGGCUUUUUGGACACUGUCUCUUAGUGCUUGUUUUCUACACCUAACUAACUUCUGACAGCAGGGCGUGUGCUACAGCUCCAGCUUUUAUGGCUGCUGGCCAUUCAGACUAACGUUUCAUACUAUAUUGUUUCAUACUAUAUUGUUUAUAGCUGUUGAUGAUCAGACUAAUGCUCCAUUUAUAUUGUUGCAUCCCUACUUCUUCAGUCAGGUUUUUUGUGCUUACAAAUUUGUGAUAACUGUGAAUAACGGCUUAAACACAAACCCAAAUGGAGGCUGAAUUUUUUCUUCAGCAAAAGUAGUUUUGAUUAGAAAUUUGUUUCCAACCUCACAGAAUCAUGUAAACAUAGAGUCAUGUAGCAGGGACCUAACCAACUCCUUAGCCUUCUAUUUAACAUAAAAAUUUGAAAAAUAAAAAAAAGAGAGAUGGAGAGAGUGAGAUGUGAUUACGCUCCAGCUGCAGGACUCUGGCAAUGGGGUUUUUCGAAGAUGUAAUUUUAAAAUGUGUUUGUAUGAACUUGUUUGUUUACAUUUCUUUAAUAAAAAACACACUGUUUUGUGUUUGCUUGUAGAAACUUAAUCAGCAUUUGAACCAGGUUAGCUUUUUAUUUUGUACUUAAAAUUCUGGUACUGACACUUCACAGGCUAAGUAUAAAAUGGAGUUUGUGUGCACAAUUCGAGUGGACUGUGAGCUUCGGGUACACAUCAGUGGCUCAGCUCUCAGCUUGUAAUGUAUAUGGCAUGAUGUAUUUUUAUCUUACAGAAUAAAUCAAUUGUAUAUAUUUUUCUCUUGAUAAAUAGCUGUAUGAAAUUUGUUUCUUGAAUAUUUUUCUUCUCUUGUACAAUACUCUGACAUCCUACCAGUAUUUGUCCUGCCGAGUUUUGUUGUUUUCUGUUCUGUAAAAUAGUAUCUAAUGUUGGCAAAAAUUGAAUUUUUUGAAGUAUACAGAGUGUUAUGGGUUUUGGAAUUUGUGGACACAGAUUUAGAAGAUCACCAUUUACAAAUAAAGUAUUUUACAUCUA